UCUCCGUCCACAUUAUACACUUGGAUAGGCGAACUGUGAACAGUGCAGGGGGUAUUCGGCGCGUGGAAGACUCAGAUCAAGUUUAAAAGUGGUCGAUUAUGAAAAGUAGCUAUCUCUUAGAACUACGGAUAGUUUUGUAGUAUCAUUCGUUUAGGCGCAUUGUUUGCAAGUUUUUAGUAGUUGACCUCUACAACUGAGAAAACAAACAAACUUGGUUUGAAAUAUAUCGGGACUGCUACAAUUGGGAAUGCGUUCUCAUUUUGGCUAUAAAGAAGUCAUGUUGUACUGGACCCAGCAGGCCUGGAAAGUGUUGCUACUGAUUGUACUGCUGUGUGACUGCUUCUCUGCUCAGGGGCUGAAGCCCACGAGAUGGCCUCUCUAUGCCCACAAGCCCCUGCUGCUGGCCUGGAAUGCCCCAACAGAGGACUGUGCCCCGCGGCAUGGUAUCCACUUUCAGCUGGAUCAGUUCCAGAUUGUUGCCUCGCCCAAUGAGGGGUUUGUCAAGCAGAAUGUAACUAUUUUUUAUGCGGACCGUCUAGGGUUGUAUCCCUACUUUGAACCGGACGGUACAGCAGUGAAUGGCGGACUGCCUCAGGUGGCCAGUCUUACUCAGCACCUGGAGAAGAUGCCAGAGGGUGUUCAGAAGUAUAUACGUGAACCAGGGGCCAAGGGCCUGGCCAUCAUAGACUGGGAGGAGUGGCGCCCACUCUGGAUCCGAAACUGGGACACAAAGAAAGUGUACCGGAACCGCUCCCAGCAGCUGGUGGCCCAGAAGAACCCAAUGUGGCCCGUAGAACGCGUGAGCAAAGUCGCCCAGCAGGAGUUUGAGAUGUCCGCCCGCAUGUUCAUGCUGGAGACCCUGCGGCUUGCCAAGAGUCUACGGCCCAACCAGCUGUGGGGCUUCUACCUGUUCCCUGACUGCUACAACCACGACUACGUGAACACUCUGGAGAACUACACUGGCCGAUGCCCCGACGUGGAGGUGGCCCGGAACGAGCAGCUGAAAUGGCUGUGGACUGAGAGCACAGCCCUGUUCCCCUCCGUGUACAUGGUCCCAGUGCUGCGCUCCUCGCCCUCCGGGCGCCAGUUUGUCCGGAACCGGGUGAAGGAGGGGAUGCGUCUGGCAUCGUCCGGGGACGGGCUGGCACGUCCUGUCUUUGUGUACGCCCGGCCCACCUAUACCAACACCCUGGAGCUGAUGACGGAGAUGGACUUGGUCUCUACCAUUGGGGAGAGUGUGGCUUUGGGAGCAGCAGGCAUAAUCCUUUGGGGAGAUUCAAGAUAUGCAAGCAGCAAGGCCAGUUGCUCCAGUCUGAAUGAUUAUCUGCGGGGCCCACUCGGUCAGUACCUGCUCAACGUUUCCACGGCAGCAGAGUUGUGCAGUCAGACGCUGUGUAGCUCCCGAGGCCGCUGUCUGCGCCGGAAUUCGGACUCGGACGCCUACCUGCACCUCAACUCUCUCACACACAGCAUCAGCACUCAGGGCAGCAAGCUGAACGUCUCAGGCAAGCUGGGGGGGGCUGAGAAGGCGUCUUUUCAGAAGGACUUUCAGUGCCAGUGCUACAGUGGGUCACAGGGUGAGGACUGUGGCCAGACAGACCCCUUACAACAGAAAGGGGCCGCCCCUCGAGUGGUGUCAUCAUGGGCGCGAUAUGUGCUUUUGUUGGUCAUCCUUCUCAUCUGAUCACUUUUGCACACACACGCCAACAUAAACACACACACACACCCACGCACAAACAUUUCUAGUUGGGCAAAUGUAUUUAUUGUGCCCCCGUAUUGCUGUAAAGUUAGUGAAUCUAUGAUAAGAGGUUUCAACUUCGGAGAAACACUGUGGAACUUACAGAGAUGAUAUUGUUUGUAUGUGUGUUUUUUUUUCUUCAUACAGUGGAGGGCUAGCUGGAAAUAACUUUGUUUACAUUGCUCUCUCUCUUUCUAUUUCCUCUCACUCUCACUGCCACUGUCACUCUCUUUCUCAAGGUGUCACUUUCCCACGACCACAAAGUUGUCCUUGUGUUGCAGCGUGGGUGUUCUCAUGAUGACUGUUAAUCUUGCGUGUGUCUUUCUGCCUGGGUGUUUAUCAUGAAAUGAGGAAGAUGCACUUGAUCCUGUACAUAUCCUGAAAAGAAAGUGGCUGACAUCUUAACCCCCUGUAAAGACAUAUCUGUCCUUUCCUGAGGCAAAUUAGUUUUUAUGGCAAUCUCUAUGUGUUAUUUUUGCUGACUGUGGCCUAAACAAGACUACUUACUACAUGCGUGUCAAUGUACAGCACUUUCAAAUGUACAAACUUCCUUUCUUUUCUUAAAAAAAAACUUUUAACGGACAAGUUAAGGCCAUCUAAUGCACAGUUGUCUUGAUUUGAGCUUUUUUAGGUAAGAAUUUGCUACAGACUGUAAUGUAAAUUCUUUUUUAUCAAUUAAGUAAACUGUUUUGUUUUGGUGACA